AGCCUCCUCGAGCGAGACUCACAAACACAACAGCAUUACGCUCUCUCUUCUGAAGCUUUUUGUCGUGGAAGAAAGGAGAAGCGAGAAUGAGGAGCUCGGCGAUUCUGAGAUCAAUCAAGACCAGCCUUUUUAGAGGGAAUCAGUGCAGAGCCUUUUCAUCGGAGGCCGUGCCCGAUCGUAAGGUGGCCGUCCUCGGCGCUGCCGGCGGGAUUGGACAACCGCUGGCCUUGCUCAUGAAGCUGAAUCCUCUGGUCUCUAGGCUUUCUCUGUACGAUAUUGCUAAUACCCCAGGUGUUGCCGCCGAUGUCAGCCACAUCAACACCAGAUCUGAGGUUAAUGGGUACAUGGGUGAAGAUCAGCUAGGUCAAGCUUUAGAGGGAGCAGAUGUUGUCAUCAUCCCAGCUGGUGUUCCAAGGAAGCCAGGAAUGACUCGUGAUGACCUCUUUAACAUCAAUGCUGGCAUUGUUAAGAACCUCUGCCAAGCAAUUGCUAAGUACUGCCCCAAUGCACUUGUUAAUAUGAUUAGCAACCCUGUGAACUCGACAGUUCCUAUUGCUGCUGAGAUUUUCAAAAAAGCAGGGACAUAUGAUGAGAAGAAGCUGUUUGGUGUGACUACUCUUGAUGUUGUUCGGGCCAAGACUUUCUAUGCUGGGAAGGCCAAAGUGCCAGUUGCAGAGGUUAAUGUACCAGUUGUUGGUGGCCAUGCUGGCAUAACUAUUCUUCCGCUUUUCUCACAAGCCACACCAAAAGCAAAUUUUUCAGAUGAGGAUAUUAAGGCUCUUACUAAGCGAACUCAAGAUGGAGGAACAGAAGUUGUGGAGGCAAAAGCUGGGAAAGGCUCUGCAACAUUGUCCAUGGCAUAUGCAGGAGCAAUCUUUGCUGAUGCUUGCCUGAAGGGACUCAACGGGGUUCCAGAUGUGGUGGAAUGUUCUUUUGUGCAGUCUAACAUCACGGAACUCCCUUUCUUUGCUUCUAAGGUGAGGCUUGGAAAGAAUGGCGUGGAAGAAAUCCUUGGGCUUGGUCCUCUCUCUGACUUCGAGAAGGAGGGUUUGGAAGCCCUGAAACCCGAGUUGAAGUCAUCUAUUGAGAAGGGUAUCAAGUUUGCCAACCAGUAGUUGAAGUGGAACAUCCAUCCAUUUCUCAUAGACACAUCCAAAUUUCAAAUUUUGCAUUCUGUUACAAGUGUUGUAUUUAUUGCCUGUGGCACCGGCUUUGCUAUUCAACAUAGAGUAGGGUUUAUAUGAACCAAGAGUUUCAUCAAAUAAUUUUAGUUGCGGAAUGUGGCGUGUUCUGCCAGGAACAUCCACUUCGGCAUGGAUAUUCCCUUAAGUUUACUGACAUUACCUUGGAACAGUUGGAUCUUGGAUGCUAUUUUGCAUUGUUUCCCAAAUAAAUCAUAAAGCUGUCGUUUAGCUACA